AUGGAUCCCCGCACCCGAUCCCACGACGAUUAUACGGUCGGGUGGAUAUGCGCCUUGCCGGUGGAGACAGCGGCUGCGAAGCUGAUGUUGAACGAAAUACACCCGCCUUUGCCUCGCCUGCCGAUGGACCAGAAUUCAUACAUUCUUGGAAGCAUCGGGGAACACAAUAUCGUUAUUGCUAGCUUACCGACUGGCGCAUAUGGCACUACAUCAGCCGCAACGGUCGGGAUGCAGUUGCUGUCUAGUUUUCACACCAUCCGCUUCGGUUUUAUGGUUGGUAUCGGCGGUGGAGUACCAAGCAGUAAUGCAGACAUUCGACUCGGGGAUAUUGUAGUAAGCCAGCCGGCGGAGACUUCUGGAGGUGUGAUUCAGUACGAUUUCGGUAAAGCGCUAAGAGGCGGCCAAUUCAAGCGAACCGGAAUGCUUAAUCGGCCUCCCAAGGUUCUGUUGACCGCUCUCGCGACUCUCCAAGCACAUCACCUCACGGAAGAUAGCCGUAUCGUCGAAUUUGUUUCCGACCUGCAAUCUAAACUGGCACCUCACAAAGCUACCAGGUUCACGCGACCGCCGCAAGAGGACUGUCUAUUCCAAGCAGAAUAUGAUCAUGUCGCAUCCGAUACAUGUGUGGAUUGUGAUCGAUCUAAACUAGUUCCACGACCCCCACGAGAGCACCAAGAACCAGUAAUUCACUACGGACUCAUCGGAUCUGCAAAUCAGGUUGUAAAGGAUGGCAGGCUACGAGAUCAGCUAGCUCGGGACUUGGGGAUAUAUUGCGUGGAGAUGGAAGCGGCAGGCCUUAUGAAUGACUUCCCGUGUCUGGUCAUUCGGGGCAUCUGCGACUACGCCGACUCACACAAGGAUAAGGAAUGGCAAGGGUAUGCGGCCACGGCGGCGGCGGCCUAUGCGAAAGAGCUUCUCUUGGUGGUUGCGAUCGAUCAGAUCAACAGCACACCAACUGCACGAGACGCACUCGCAGACUCCGUUCACCACUUUAAUGUCCCAUUAGACCUGACGGCUGUGCCAGUCAUUGAAAAUUUCGUGGGACGGCAAGGCGAGCUAGACCAACUGUGGCAGUAUUUACGGCCCACUGAUUCCCAGUCACGAAAGGUUGCAAUUAUCCAUGGGCUUGGGGGCAUGGGAAAGACGCAACUAGCGAUUCGGUUCGCACGAGACCACAGAGAUGAUUUCACUGCCGUCUUCUGGCUGAGUGGGAAGGACCGGGGCACGCUAUUACAAUCUUUGAGCUCUAUCUUGCCCCGAUUGCCAGGACAGUCACAUGCUGACGGGGCAAUGAAUGACGAGGAGGUGGAGCAACGUGCUAGAGAUGUGUUAAAGUGGCUAGCAAUAGAGGGAAACUCACGCUGGCUGAUCAUUUUCGACAACAUCGACCAAUACUCCCCUUUCAAUAGCCCCAUUGGUGAUGCAUAUGAUAUUGCUGAAUUCUUCCCUGGAGCCGACCAUGGCUCUAUUCUCAUUACCUCUCGGCUGCAGGGAUUGACAGAGCUGGGAAAGUCAUUUCCUAUCCAUAGGCUUGACUCGAAGGACGCGAUUCAACUGCUCUUACAAAGCAGCCGUCUACCAAUGGAGCAUACAGCUAAGGAGCUUGAGAGCAAUCCAGAUACCGUUGCUCUUGCGAGCCGUCUAGAUGGACUUCCAUUGGCAAUCGUCAUCGCCGGGGCGUUUAUGCGCGAAACUGGAACCAGCAUUACUGAAUACUUACAGUAUUACCAAGCUUCUUGGUCCGACCUACAGCUGCAAUCAAAUCCUGAACGCCAGUACCAGCAAGGCAACAUGCUGCAAACAUGGAUGAUCUCAUAUCGUGAGAUUCAAAGGCGGGACGCGAACGCAGCGGAACUGCUGCUGUUUCUUGCUCGUUUCGAUAAUCGAGAUAUCUGGUUUGAACUGAUAAAGAGUAGCUGUCAUAGCUCGAAUCUCCCAACCUGGCUCGAAAGAAGUAUAUCAAGCGGAAUCGCGUUCAAAAUCGGUGUCAAGGCUCUCAUCGGGUUCUCUCUACUCGAGAUUAAGGAACAAGAAGGAGGCUACGCUAUGCACCCUGUAGUACAAGACUGGUGCAUUCACCUUGCCAGCGCAGACGAAACCGUGAAUUCAAUCCUGCUCAACGAACUGGCACUGGUAUCUGUUGGGUACAAUGUCCCUAGUGUAAGUGUCAGGAAUUAUUCCGAGCUUCAGCAACGGCUUAUGCCACACGCAAACUAUGUACGUCAUAGGGAUUGCCCAGGCCAUGAUGUGGCAGUGUGGGGCGCAUUCAGUGGUUUAGGAGGCCUCUACUCUGACCAGGGGAAGCUGCAGGAGGCAGAGGAGAUGUACCAUCGAGCUCUGGCAGGCAAGGAGAAGGCCCUCGGGCCUGACCAUUCGUCCACUCUCAGUACAGUCAACAGCCUUGGGAAUCUCUACUCUAAUCAGGGGAAGCUGCGAGAGGCAGAGGAGAUGUACCAGCGAGCACUGGAAGGCUGGGAGAAGGCCCUAGUGCCUGAUAAUACGUCCACUCUUAAUACUGUCAACAACCUUGGGUCUCUCUACUCUGAUCAGGGGAAGCUGCAGGAGGCAGAGGAGAUGUACCAUCGAGCUCUGGCAGGCAAGGAGAAGGCCCUCGGGCCUGACCACACGUCCACUCUCAGUACAGUCAACAAUCUUGGGAAUCUCUACAAAGAUCAGGGGAAGCUGCGACAAGCAGAGGAGAUGUACCAGCGAGCACUGGCAGGUAGGGAGAACGCCCUCGGUCCAGAUCAUACGUCCACUCUCGAUACAGUCAACAACCUUGGGACUCUCUACAAAGAUCAGGGGAAGCUGCAGGAGGCAGAGGAGAUGUACCAUAGAGCACUGGCAGGCUACGAGAACGCCCUCGGGCCUGAUCAUACGUCCACUCUCGAUACAGUCAACAACCUUGGGAUUCUCUACAAAGAUCAGGGGAAGCUGCGACAAGCAGAGGAGAUGUACCAGCGAGCACUGGCAGGUAGGGAGAACGCCCUCGGUCCAGAUCAUACGUCCACUCUCGAUACAGUCAACAACCUUGGGAUUCUCUACAAAGAUCAGGGGAAGCUGCAGGAGGCAGAGGAGAUGUACCAUAGAGCACUGGCAGGCUACGAGAACGCCCUCGGGCCUGAUCAUAUAUCCACUUUCACGACAGUCAACAACCUUGGGACUCUCUACUCUGAUCAGGGGAAGCUGCAGGAGGCAGAGAAAAUGUACCAUCGAGCUCUGGUAGGCAAGGAGAAGGCCCUCGGGCCUGAUCAUAUAUCCACUUUCACGACAGUCAACAACCUUGGUCUUCUCUACUAUAAUCAAGGGAAGCUGAAGGAUGCCGAGGAGAUGUACCAUCGAGCACUGGAAGGUAAGGGGAAGGCCCUCGGUCCCGAUCAUACGUCCACUCUCAAUACAGUCAACAACAUUGGGACUCUCUACAAAGAUCAAGGGAAGCUGCAGAAGGCAGAGGAGAUGUACCAGCGAGCACUGGAAGGCUGGGAGAACGCCCUCGGGCCUGAUCAUACGUCCACUCUCAAUACAGUCAAUAACCUUGGGGUUCUCUACUUUGAUCAAGGAAAGCUGAAGGAUGCCGAGGAGAUGUACCAUCGAGCACUGGCAGGCUACGAGAACGCCCUCGGGCCUGAUCAUACGUCCACUCUCAAUACAGUCCACAACCUUGCUCUUCUCUACUCUGAUCAGGAGAAGCUGCAGGAGGCAGAGGAGAUGUACCAGCGAGCACUGGCAGGAUAUGAGAAGGCCCUGGGCCCUGAUCACAGUAGGACCCGUUUGGUUGUAGAGAAAUUAAAUGCGUUAAGGGCUGUGGAUAGAUAUUAG